AUGUUUGACAGGCUCUUUGACAAUCUGUCCCAUAACCAGAAGGCCGCGCUCGACAAAUGCUCCAUCACGUAUCUCGGCGAGUCAUUCCCAUUGGGCAUGGUCCUGGAAGAGGUGAAUGAAGGGGGACGGACACGCCUCCAUCAUCCCGGACCUCCCGUGUCCGAACCCUCGGUGGUAGAAGAGCCAUCGGGACAGCGACACCCCUCGCAUAUGCGGCCAGAAGACAUCACAUACCUCAAAUCGAAAGGGGCAUUCACAUUCCCCGACGCCGACAUGCUCGAUGCAUUGGUGGCGACCUACUUGGGACGCGUGUAUCCUCUGUACCCAAUAGUGAAUCGACAAGAGUUCAUACGACAGUAUGAGGCCGAUGAGGUCCCGGCCAUGCUGCUGCAUGCCAUCUGCUCGAUCGCUGCCACAUUCUGCGACCUCGCGCUCAUCCACCGCGCCGGAUUCCUCUCGCGGCUUGAUGCGAGGUUGGCAUCCUACCGCAAAGCCAAGGUGCUCUUCGAAGUCGGCUACGAGACGGACAAGAUCGUACAGCUCCAGAGUGCCGUCUACAUGACAUUUUGGGGAGGCGGCCCGCUCAACCAUUGGAACUAUUUCAGCUGGAUCGGCACGGCCGUCACCAUCGCAGAGUCGCUGGGGAUUCACCGAUCCAUGGCCAAUGCCGACAUGGACGUUUCUGACCGCAGUCUCUUGAAGAGGCUGUGGUGGACGCUCGUCAACCGGGACGCCCACUGCCAAAGCCUGGUCGGGCGCCCGUUCCGCAUCAACCAAGACCAGGUGGACAUCGAGCCCUUGCUGAUGGAGGAUUUUGAGGAGGACAUGCAAAGCCCCGAGUUCAAGUCGCACCCGUUACGAGACUCGUUCGGGCUCUACCAGAUCCACAUGUCACGACUGUCGCUCAUCCUCAAGGACAUUGUCAACACUCGCUUUCGGCCCGGCCGACUGCAGUCGAGAGCUGCCCAUCUGUACGAGAAACUGCGGCGCUGGCGGCACGAGUUGCCCACGGAACUUCAGUGGGUGGACGGCGACGCGAACCUCGACGCCUUUGCGUUGUGCCUCUGCACAACCUACAACCACCAUUUGAUACUCCUCCACCAAGACCAGCCGCCCAUCGGCGGUGUUGGUUUGGCGUCUACUUCUACCCAAGACAAUUCCUUGCUGUUGAAAAGGUCGAUCCCUGCACCGGAGAUCGCAGCCAGGAACAUUACGUGCCUCGUGUACACGAUCUACGCCAAGUCGAUCCCGCUGUGCAUCCCGCAUGAAACAUUCCAGGGCGUGUUCCUGGCCGAGGCCGUCAUGUUCACCCAGAUGAAGGCCUCCGACCCGAUGACCGCCCAGCACGGCAGAGCCGCGUUGUCGGCGUGUCAGAUGCUGUGGCACACCGUCCUGGAAACCUGGGACGCAUCGCCGUGGAUCCUCCGCCUGUUCGACCAUCUGGUCGGCCGCCUCGGCCUUCCCAGCGACAGGCAGAACGACGCUGGCUGGGCACCGACGACGACGACGGGAGAGUCCUCUGCCGACGCGCUACACCCCGACGAGUUUGUCGAUGACUUUGGAGACGAUCUUCCAACGCUCUCCACGUUUCUCGACAUGACGCAGGACGGCGGCGCCUUGUCGAACUUUGUAGAUUUCCCCAUUUUUUCAGGGUCUUUUGGCAUGGCGGAUCAGAGUCUGGGGAUGCCAUAG